CAUUCCUUCUUAGAAAACUUUCUUUUUUGUGAGAAUUCUACUAUUAUAUACCUAUUCUUGCAUAUUAUUAAAAAAGUGCAAUUUCUGUGUAAAUUGUGUGCAAAUUUCUCAUUUUUUAUUUUGUAUUUCCUUUCUUCUUAAUGUGUAAUACCAAUGUAACUAAUUCAUUCUUUCUUUAGAAACUUCAUUAUUUUGAUUUUGAUUUAGUUUUUAUUUUAGUUUCUUUCUUCCUAAAGGGUAUUACUAAGGCUUCAAACUCAUUCUUUCUUGGAAAAACUUCAUUGUUUUAUUUUUCAUUUAGUUUGAGUUUUAUUCUACUUCUCAUUUAAUUGUAACACAAGUGCCACUAAUUCAUUCUUUCUUAUGAAUUUUCUUUUAUUGCCAAUAUUUCACUAUUAUAUACUUAUUCUUGCCUAUUAAAAAAAUUGUAAUUUAUGUGUAAAUUGUGUGCAAUUUUAUCAUUAUUUGUUUUUUUAUUUUCUUUCUUCCUAAAGUGUAAUAUCAAUGUGAUUAAUUAUGAUUUUUAGAAAACUUCAUUAUUUCUAUUUUCUUUUGCUUUUUGUUAAAUUUACUUUCUUCUUUAAGGGUAAUGUGUAUGUAAUUAAUUCAUUCCAUCUUAGUAAAAUUCAUUAUUUCUUAGAGAACCUCACUAUUUUUAUUGUGCUUCAUUUUUUAUUUCAUUUUCUUUCAUCUAAAAGGGUAAUACCAAUGCCACUAAUUUAUUUUUUCUUAUAAUUUUUUAUUUUGAUUUUAUUUUAGUUGUUAUUUUCUUUUAUUUCUUCUUUAAUGUAAUAUCUAUGGUACUGAUUCAUCACUUCUUGCGAAAUUCUUUUUUGUAAAAAUUCCGCUCUUGUAUGCUUAUUCUUGCACAUUACAGAAAAGUGCAUAUUUUGUGUAUACUGUGUGUAAAUUUUGUCAUUGUUUGAUUUGUUGUUUUAGAAAAAUACUGAAAGGGUAAUUCCAACACCACUAGUUCAUUCUUACUUAGUGAACUUCACUAUUUUGAUUUUGUUUUAUUUUCUUUCUUGUUAAAGGGUAAUAGCAAUGACACUAAUUCAUUCUUUCUUAGAAAACUUCGUUAUGCUGAUUAUUUUGAUUUUAUUUUUUGUUCCUACUUUAAGGGUAAUACCAAUGCCACUAAUUUAUUCCUUUUUAGAAAACUUUUUUCCCAAUAAAAUCCACCAUUAUAUGCUUAUCCUUGCAUAUUAUAAAAUAGCACAAAUUUUGUGUAUAUUUUGUGCAUUUUUUCACUGUUUUUAGUUUCUUAUUUUCUUUUUUUCUUAAAGGGUAAUACCAAUGUCACUAAUUCAUUCUUCUCUAGAAAACUUCUUUCUUUUUUAAAGAGGGGGGGGGGGUAGUGUUAGUAUAGGGGAAAGAAGGCUAGAGAAAGAAGAAGAAGAAGGAUGGGCCUUUGGAUCUUGAUCGGGUGGUGGAGACGAUUUGUCUAAAUGCCCAAAAAAACUAGGCGCCUAUCAAAUAAUAGCCCCCAUACCAAUUUUUGUGCAAUGUGUGUACAAUUCGUACCACUGUCUAUAUGGUUAUUUUUGCAUAUUAUGAAAAGCUGCAAUUUUCAUGCGUAUUGUGUGCAAUUUUCUAUCAUUGUUUGUUUUAUGUGUUUUUCCAUUUUUCGGAUGUAAAUAUGAUCGGUAACAAGCUCUCUGUGGAUGUAGCAUUUUUAAAGAAGCACCCCCAACUGUGGUGAUGUGUGAUAAUUUAACCAACGAGACAGGAGCCGCUCGCCCGAGCGACAUAGCUACGUGUGGUCGCGUACGGAUUUAGAUCGAGGCAAAUCGCAAUCGAAGAGGAGUCACACGGUUAGCCAAUUACGUUUUCCUUGUGGAAGAAGAAUUCAGCGGUUCGUCCAGUAAGAUUAUAUCAUGUCGUUUCCCGAAUCCCGAUACAUCGGAGAGUUGGAUACCAACUCACAGAACCCUCCGUCCCAUAUAAUCCACGCAAAACCCCUUCCUUUUUUCACCGUAACACCCGUACGCAACGACGAUCGAUCGCCAUCUUGCCGACUUGCCGUGAUCGAUCGCAUCGCAUCGCGCCGCACCAUGACGGUCCCGGUGUCGCUCCUCGUCUCGUCGGGUCUCUGCGUCGGCGUGUCGGCGUGCGUGCCCACGGGCCUCGCGUUCCACGCCUCCUUCGCGCUCUCCCUCGUCUACCUCGUGCGCGUCCUGUCGCCGGAGCUCGUCGACGGCUUCUUCGGCCUGGUGGACGCCGUCGUGCAGGAAGACCUGCGCAACGCCCGCGCCUUCUUCAGAGAUGACCCCUUGAUCGCGCCCAUCUACGCCUGCGCCGAGGAGCAAGCGCGCCGCGCCCACGCGUUUGCCGCGGAGGCGAUCGAUGGCCUGGAGAGGAAGGCGAGGGCGCAGCUGAGCAGCCUGAUGGAGGCGGCGGUCGCGGCGUUCCUUUGGCUCCGUCUGGCCGCCGGAGUAACCAAUCUUCUGGCGACCGUCCUGAUCACCGCUGCGCUCAACGAAGCGAAAAGCCGAGCGCCGUCGGUCCUGAGGUGGAGGGGCGUGAAGGGGUUCAGACCGCCGCCGAGAGAGGAGGCGGAGGCGGUGGCGGCGGCGGCGAACUCCCGCACCAGUCGUGGCACCACGGUGCUCGUCGCAUGGAUCUCGGCGAUCGUCGCGUACUGCACGCUAGUGUUCACCAUCAACGGCAUCUGCAACGGCAUCACGUCGUUCGCGAUGUGCUUCCCAUGCUUCGCCGCGCUCUGCGGCUUUGCGCUCAUGGAGGCCGAGAGGGUUUACCUGUGGGACUCGUACGUCAUCGAUACCAGGGGCGGCGGCAGCAACACGGCCAAUCCAAGACGGCGAGCCGGCAAUGCCGCGGGUGGAGCAAUCACGGAGAAGGACAUGCGGGACGCGUGGGAGUGCCUCUGGUUCGUCAUCAUCAUGAUGCACUGCAUCGACGCCUGCUUCCUCGGCCUCAUGCUGGGGAAGCGGCCGUUUGUGCUCGCGUCCCUGGCCAUCUACAACGUCGCCGCCCUUGCGUCUGCCCGGAAGGCUUACCUGACGACGGACGAAGGCGAGGACGCCGACGGAGCGCACGUGAACGUGAACAAGUGGCACAACGCCGCCAUGACGGUGUUGGCAAUAGACGUCGCCAAGGUCGUUGCCACCUACGUCGUGCUCGACUUUUACCUGGGUGCGCUGUUGUUCGUGUCUCUCGGUGCCAAGGCGGUGUUCUUGCUGGACAGGGCGAUUUACUUGUCGGAUGAGGGUGCCUCGGGGGACGACGACAGCAAUCUUGAGGGUGCUGGCCUAGCCGGGGAAGUCGCCGGAGAAACGGAAGGUUCUGACGACGAUACUCAGGAGGUUGCUGAUCUGGCUGGGGAUGUUGCCGGAGAUGCCGAAGGUUCUGACGACAUUGGUGCAGAGAAUUCGAGUGACAUCGCUGUUUCCGAACAUGAAGAGGAAGAAGACUCGGCCACCGAGAAGCACUCCGAUGUAUCGGAUUCAGAGGAGCAGCGUCGUGCAGAAUCAGACUACAGCAGCAGCAGCGUGGACGACUGGACUUUCGUAGGCGCCGACCCUAUGAUGCCUACCAAUGUUAACGGUGGCGCCAACCGGAGGUUCGGGUUUUUGCCGUAGGACGUGCCUAGGGUGUGAUUCAGUGAUUCACUAAGCAUCUGCGAAGAGUUCUGAGUUUAGUUUAUUCCUUUGACUAAUAUAUUGAGAAUUUUGUAUUAUAGAAAUUUUAGCAAUUUCUAUUACAGAUG